ACUUCUUGAUUUGUCGCGUAGAGUUGUCUGUGAGACUCAUUAUUACUGUAGAUCCUAGAGUAGAAUCUUAAAGAUUUUGAGAACACGGCUGUAAACCUCCUCACGAAUUCCAGAAACGACCACCUCAAUUUGAGACAUUUACAUUCUUCUCCCUUACUUUAGAAUUCACAAUGCCGCCUUUAAUAUUACAUAAUGUUCCAGAAGACGAGUGUUAUGUAGGCGACGAUGGUGUCAAAAGACCUUAUGCGAUGCUAUUCCCUGGGUAAGCUUUUCAAGUCCACACAAUGGAGGGCUAUCAAUCUGAUUCGAGUAGAAAUGAGGGGAAUCCAGGCAUGGCAAGAAUUCGAAGAACAGUCCCGGAGACAGGAUCCUUUGGUAAAUCGACAAGACGAUCUCGAUCAAGAACUGGCACGCCAGCUUUGAAAAAGGAGGACCCGACCUUGGCAGCUGCAGAUGCAAUUUUCGCUGCCACUUUCGCAAGAAGAGCUGCGGCUACAACAGAAUCAGGACAGCGCAAAUCCUCAAUACAACCUUCAUUAUCGCAAAGCAAUCUGCGGGAUAACAAUGCCUUGGCAGCAAUUGACGGCAAUGGCGGCUCAUCUUCGAGAUUUGUACACCAGGAGCCUACAGAAGUUAUACUACGAGGUUUCACGCCAGAACAUCAAUGGGCCGCUAUUGCUGAAUAUGAAAGAAUCGCCGGUCACAUUUGCGAAGAUUAUCCUCGCGAUGCCCCUCUGGAUCAACGUAGAUACAAAACAGACCUUCGAGAUCCCGUUGUUCUGCGACGACGUCCAUUGACCAAAGAAGAAAAAGCGAAGGCUUUGAAGUAUGCUGGUGGGAAGCAUUGGAUUAAGAUUACGUUCGAGUCAGCGGAGGCAGCAGAAUUAGCUAUGGAAGCUUCUCCGCAGCCAGUGCUUGGUCACUAUGUCACCGCAGAACUGUAUCGUGGUGCACCACCGGCACAAGAUGAACCAGGAAUUUCUACUGUACCAUCGACGCGAUCAUCCCGUUCUAAUGCUAACAAACACCGUUUCAAUCCCGGAGCUUUACUUCCUGGCGCCGAACGCCCGCUUCAACAAUCGGGUCUCCCCGGCUCCUGGACUACUCCCGAAAUGUCGCAAGUUGGUCGAAGCGUACACUUCGAGGAUCGCGACCAGUCUCCAGAAGGCUCUCAGGCCACCAGUCAUACUAUCGACACCACUACUUUAACAACAUCUACAGUCACAGGUGGUACGCUCGCAUUUCAACAACGGCCUUCUUCUGCAGGUCCUGCUGCCCCCGAGGCGGCCUCCCUUUACUGUCGCAAAAUUCCCACCGCCAAACGCCUGCAGCUCCUUCCCGCCGAUCAAGCCUUACUCCCUCAGAAAUCAUACACGCAGCAAGUUUUCUCCAACAUUCCAUUAUUAAAUUGGUUUAGUGCGGAUAUCAUAGGGGACACGGUGCCAAGGACAGAGACGGGCGAGUUUGAUUUUGCGAAAGCAAGUCUUUACUGGAGGAUGAUCUACUGGUUCGACACAUACCUAGGGAUUUUCGGAGUUGUAGGGGGAGAAAAAGAUGACUAAAGCCCCUUUCCUUGUAGAAAGGAGGAAAAUAAAUCGUAGAGGCAGUGGCAUUUUGGACCACGACAUAUAGGAGCUCGAUUGAUUGGAAAAGCUACGAGACUAUACCCGAGAUUGUGCAAAAACGAGAAACUACACACGAAGAGCGUACAUGGCAAAGAAAUGUAAUUAAUGACCAACCAAUUAGGUGCGGAUGCACGGGUGAUUGAAAAAAGGAGUUAUGGCGCAAGACUUCCUCCUAGCGAACGAAUAUAGCAUGAAAAUUUAU